UUAAUUUUGAAUUAUAAUGCAUUCAAAUGCGACAAUUGUGGCCACAAUAAGACUUUUCCGGGAAUUCCCGAUUCAUUUAAUUCACUCAUUCAGCCAUCGUUUCCCACACAAGACAUUGUCUCCCAAUUGAAUCCAAUCAUACAAUCAGUGGUAAAAAUGUCACCCAAACUGUCGAAACCGUUAUCACCGGGAGAUGUGAUCACUCAAGACAUACCUAUCAUUCAUAUCCUACUUUGGUUCCGAUUGUAUCUAUCGGUGCAAAACAUCCCAACGUUUGCCACAGAAAAGCACCGAUUGUUUGACGGAUCGGACGUCAGUCUCAAUGAUAUCAAAGUGGAUAUCAUUUAUGUGAAAGCCAUUAACGAGCGAAUGCUUGAGUUCCAGGCAUUACGAGAAGUCUUAGAGGAAUUAGGCCUUCCUUUCGAACCCCUAGAAGUAAUACAUUGGAUGUCAUUCCUCUACAGUUGCGAACCGUUUACAUACAUACGAUGCGGUCAUCCAAUGUCUGAAUCAAUAGGUAUAGGUGUAUACCUACAGCACCGGUAUCUCAAACACAGCUGUCAGCCCAACAGUGCCCUCAUUUACAGCGGCAGAGGACAAUCGUUUGAAUUGCGGGCAAUGAGACCCAUCGCCGCCAACCAAGAGAUUACCAUAAGUCGCGUACAGCACUUAGAGGGCGACCGCACUUACCGACAAAAUGUACUCAAACAGUGGUUACUAGUCUGCGAGUGCGACAAAUGUGUACACCAUUUGGACCGUCGGGUCGAUAACCAACGCUUCCUAAACGAAGACCUCUUUCCCGUCCAUGUCUUCAGAUUUGAAGCACAAUUCAUGGAUCACUUGCGGAAAGUGUUGUCCGAUUUGGAUGUGAUAUUUGGUGACUAUCAUCCGACGAAGACAUGGUAUUUGAAUACAAUUGUCCUAAGAGUACACAAUUGUCCGCAAUUAGACAAAUGUGUGUUCAAUGAAUUGAUCGCCAAUUUAAUGAAAGCCAUUGAUAUCACGUGUCCGACCGACGGUCCCAUUAGGGCUUAUUUUAUGCAUACCUUUGAUGUCUUGCAAUUGUCGGCUAAUGUUAAAUGUUUGGAAAACGAA